UGUAUACUGGGAACCAUGAUGUCUUGUGUCCCUCCACCUCCAGACAUGACACCAUACACAGGACUCUCCAUCUUUAUCUCACAUAGAUGUAAUUCUCCAUAUUAUAUCACAUACAACCUAUUAUAAGGAUUUCACAGACCAAACCUCCAUAUUUCCUGCACAUAUAAAGAAGGUUUAUGACACAAAGAGGAACGAGACCUCAACAUGACAGAAAAUGACAAUACAUGAGGACGACUCUAGGUUGGGCUUUAGAUAAAGAAAGAUUUAAAAACCUGAGGGGGCUGACAAUGAGGAGGAGAGACCUAGAGAGGAGACCUAGCUGGAGAGACCUAGAGGGAGACCUGAGGAAGCCCGAGGGGGGAGGAUCAAUCAGACACCACAUCAGAGAGAUCCAAGGAGCUGACCUUCCUAAAGAACCUGCAUAUUGCCUGCAUUCCUGAACCUACUAGGCCCAGUAUCUGGCAGAAGGCAUAUCAGAGCAGAAGACGCCGUGAAGGCAGCGGAGCCAGGUCUAUAAUAUGGAACCUUUACAGGAAAGUUCUGGAGGAACAAUGAGUGGACUAGAAAACCCCAUAUCAGAGAAUGGAGAGAAGACAUUGUCAUAUACAGAAUGUGUGAAGAGUUUUAGUCAUAAAUCAAGUCUUGUGGAACAUAUGAGAACUCACACAGGAGAGAAACCAUUUUCAUGUCCAGAAUGUGUGAAGAGUUUUAGUCUAAAAUCAUAUCUUGUGGAACAUAUGAGAACUCACACAGGAGAGAAGCCAUUUUCAUGUCCAGAAUGUGUAAAGAGUUUUAGUCAAAAAUCAAGUCUUGUACAACAUAUGAGAACUCACACAGGAGAGAAGCCAUUGUCAUGUCCAGAAUGUGUAAAGAGUUUUAGUCUUAAAUCAAGUCUUGUGGAACAUAUGAGAACUCACACAGGAGAGAAGCCAUUUUCAUGUCCAGAAUGUGUGAAGAGUUUUAGUAUAAAAUCUAAUCUUGAAAAACAUAUAAAAACUCACACAGGAGAGAAGCCAUUUUCAUGUCCAGAAUGUGUAAAGAGUUUUAGUCUAAAAUCAUAUCUUGUGGAACAUAUGAGAACUCACACGGGAGAGAAGCCAUUUUCAUGUCCAGAAUGUGUAAAGAGUUUUAGUCUAAAAUCAUAUCUUGUGGAACAUAUGAGAACUCACACAGGAGAGAAGCCAUUUUCAUGUCCAGAAUGUGUAAAGAGUUUUAGUCAAAAAUCAAGUCUUGUGCAACAUAUGAGAACUCACACAGGAGAGCAACCAUUUUCAUGUCCAGAAUGUGUGAAGUGUUUUAGUAAAAAAUCAAGUCUUGUAAAACAUAUGAGAACUCACACAGGAGAGAAGCCAUUUUCAUGUCCGGAAUGUGUGAAGUGUUUUAGUAAAAAAUCUAAUCUUGAAAAACAUAUAAAAAUUCACACAGGAGAGAAGCCAUUUUCAUGUCCAGAAUGUGUAAAGAGUUUUAGUCAAAAAUCAAAUCUUGUGAAACAUAUGAGAACUCACACAGGAGAGAAGCCAUUUUCAUGUCCAGAAUGUGUAAAGAGUUUUAGUCUAAAAUCAUAUCUUGUGGAACAUAUGAGAACUCACACAGGAGAGAAGCCAUUUUCAUGUCCAGAAUGUGUGAAGAGUUUUAGUCAUAAAUCAAGUCUUGUGCAACAUAUGAGAACUCACACAGGAGAGCAACCAUUUUCAUGUCCGGAAUGUGUGAAGUGUUUUAGUAAAAAAUCAAGUCUUGUGGAACAUAUGAGAACUCACACAGGAGAGAAGCCAUUUUUUGUGCUUGGAAUGUGGUAACUAUUUUACUACGAAAUCACAUCUUGUUAUUCAUCAGAGAACUCACACAGGAGAGAAGCCAUGUUCAUGCUUGGAAUGUGGAAGUGUUUUAGGCUGAAAUCACAUGUUUUUAAAACAUCAAAUAAUUCACACAGGAGAGAAACCAUUUUCAUGUCCUGAAUGUGCAAAAGUGAUUUACUAAUAAAAAUACGUUUUGAGAGACAUCUGAGAAGUCACACAGGAGAGAAGCCAUUGUCAUAUAUAGUAUGUGGCUAAUGUGUUAACCAAAUAUCAAAUCUGUGAAUCAUCUAAGAACUCAGACAAAGGAGAAGUUAUUUUCAUGUAUAAAAUGUGUAAAAUAUUUUUGUCUGAAAUAAAAUCUUGUUCAUCAUCUCAGUCUAUCUAUGUGGGAAAGGUUUGUGAAACAUCUGAGAACUCACACAGGGAGAAUCAAUAGUCCUGUGCAGUAUCCUGUAAAUGUUUUAUCCAGAAAUCUGGUGUUGUGGAAGAUGUGAGAGCUGACUGAGGAGAGAAGUCAUUAGAAUGUUCAGAAUGUAGGAAAUGUGUCCGGUGCACAUUGUAGGACCUGAUGUGUCAGGACGUCUUCUAAGUUAUAGUGUCUCUGGAAUGUUCUUCUCCUGUCUGAUGGUCAGAUAGGACAUGGAGAUGACCAAUCUGUGCACGAGUCCUAUUAAUUCCAUUGGAUGUGUGUAGGAAACCCGCUGGACGUCACAUGCUCGCCUCAGUAACUGUACUGCCCAGCAGGGACUUGUGUCCUUCCACCCCCCAAUCUGAAGAUCAGGGGGGAGAUCACCAUUAUAGAGACACUAGAAAUGCCCGGCUACAAUACUGAAAACCAUUACUGCUAUUUCCACAUCCAACUGGGUUUGGACUAAAUGGACUGUAUCCCAAAGUUCUUCUAUGUGAGAAUAAAGUAUGAAGACUUCUCUUUGUUUCUUCUAUUCUUUUUGUAUCCGGAGAAUUCAAACAUUAUUCUUUAUACAGAACAGAAGAGACAUCCUGUUGGACAUGACUUUUCUGGACAUGUGUUUUAUCAAAAAAUAACAACAAUAUCAACCAAAGUUUGUAAUAGUCCCAGAAAGGGUGGAGCCUGUUUACAGGUAGGUGGGACUUCCAGCUGUUUCAGAGUUGGGGCUUAAAUGACCCAGGAUUGUGUCACAUUCUUUACCUCAGCAGUUAAAGGGGUACUCUGGUGGAAAACCAUUUAUUUUUUUAAAUCAACUUUUUAAUUACUUCAAUAAAAAAAAAUCAGUCCAGUACUUAUCAGCUGCUGUAUACUACAGAGGAAGUUCUUAUCUUUUUGAAUUUCUUUUUAGUCUGACCACAGCAGGAUAGGUUUGCUAUGGGGAAUUGCUCCUACUCUGGACAGUUCCUGACACGGACAGAGGGGUCAGCAGAGAGCACUGUGGUCAGACUGGAAAAAAGCUACACAACUUCCUCUGGAGCAACCAGUGUCAGGAUUCGGCAGGCUGGAGGUGGAUCCUCUGUGUCAGAGAGGGA